UAGAAACUCAGUGUCCCUUUUUGAUACAUUGCCUAGCAAUUAAUGGAGGCAAAGGAUAAUCCCCCGGCAGCAAGUCCUGACAAGAAGGAGGACGCCCCUAAAGAAAAAGAAGUUGUUGUAGAUUGGGCUCAAUCAGUCAAAGAUUCCAAGUGGGCAUCGGCCGAGCCCUCGCCUUCGCUCGACACAAGGAGUCCAAAGCAAGAUCCCAACACUUUAGCUUCGCAAUGGGCGAGUGCCGGCAAUUCGCAAAAUUCCUACGGAAGCAGGAAAAAUGUUGGAUAUGGAUAUAACAAUAAUUAUAAGAAGGACCAGUCAUACAACACGCGAAGUGGAGACUUUAGACGUAACAAUGGAUGGGACAGUCGUCCUUACGAUCGGUUUUCUCAGCAAAACGAUCAAAACCGAUCGAGAUAUGACAAUCAAGGCUACGAGCCUCGCAACUUUGAUAAACGAUUUGACAAGCGACAGCAAUACCAUAGUGAUCAAGCAUUUGACCGCCAAACAUUUUCACCCAGUAGCGAGUCGAAAUGGGCAACUGCCAACGUUUUGAACAAGUCAGGAAGCGAAGACCUGGCCCAAGGCGCCGCCAAAACCAAUGAUGCCUCUAGCUUAGAAACACGUCCGUGGAACAAGCGAUUUUUAGCCGGUCAGGACGAGUCGACGGCACCUUCAAAAUAUGAAACUAAAAACGACAGCAUGUCAUCAGAACUUGCUGCAGUGCAAACCGAGGUAGAUAUCAACAGAACAGAGGAGAAAGCCAAAGAUGAGGGCUCUCAAGAGCGCGGAGAAAUUCAAUUGCCUGUGACCCCAGAAACUACCAAUAUUUCUGAGGAUGAUAAAAAGUGUGAUAAUGAGGCUGUUGUGACUGAUUCGAACGCACUACAACAUGACGCAGAGAAGAAGAGUCAUGACGAGGGCAAGUCUCACAGCACCGAGCCUGAACAGCCACCCUCCAUCAAAAAGCGACCUUCAAUUGACAUUGGAUAUUGGGGCCGUCCUCCAACUGUCGACAGCGAAGCUACAGACGUUCAGGAUAACAGUCCUAAGAAGAGCCCUGGUGAUAAUAAACCAGCGACUUCUACUGUGAACAAGAAACAAAAAGAUUUUCAAGGUAGCAGCGCUUCUAUUUAUGCCUCCAAAGCGAGCGAGCAUAGUUCAAAGCCAGAAGGACAUGCGGAUGGUCACUCCAAGAAACCAUAUGGGUCCAGCGAACGCCAUAGUGCGUUUGCGGAGAGUCCAUCGCAGCAUAAUAACGGAAAGAAGGAUAGGAGCAAUACGCGACAUGCUAAUGUAGAACAUUCUAAGUCAGGGAAGACUGAAGACAGAAUAGCUACUGGUGGAUUCGUUAAACAUAAUAUAGAUGAAGAAGCAUUGAAUGCUAGGAUUGAACGUAUACGCCUUCAGAAUGAAAAGAUUCAACAAAGACAGAAGUUGAUCGAGGAGGAAGAGAAAGAGAUUGCAAAACAACUUCAGUCUGAGAAGGAAGAAAGAGAUCGAAGACGGAAGGAAGACGAAAAGCUUGAAGAAGCAGCCAGACUCGCUGCUGAGGAAGCAAAGCGUGAUCGAAUCGAGCGAGAGAAAAGAAUAGCAGAGGAAAUCAGGGUUGAGAGAGAAGCUAAUGCUGCGAGAAAAGUCAAAGCACUCGCUUCCAGAGACUGGGAUGCGGAGAAAGGUGACGACGACUUGUAUAUAAAGGAAGGACGAAAUAGAGGUGAUUUCAACAAUAGAGACAGAUCUUCGCGCAAUCACCGGGGACUCCCUGGUCGUGAAGCGGAAGAAGAUCGAAAGAAGCACGCGUCCGAAGCAAAGUCGUUCACGGUGACUGAAGAAAAGUGGCCCGACCUUGGUAGUGCUGUUGCGGGUACUCCCGCGAAGGCAGCCGUUUGGCCUGCACGCGCUGCAGCUGAGGCCAAGGUGCAGCAGAAGCAGGAAUCCGGCAAAGAAGCGCCUGUGAAGAGCCCACCUUCAUCAAAGGCAAGUGCGCCAAAAUUGGCAUCCUUGACUGCUCCUAGGAAAGCCGAGAUUGAGAAUGCCGAGGAAGGCAAGCAGAAAGACUCUAUCAGUUGGGAAGACAUCAUUGCCAAGCAGAAACCGGUGACGGAUUGGGCAACUGACUCACCAACAAAUGAAGACAUCAAUUUUGAAGAUUCGCCUUUCAAAUAGCUGGGUUGUCAUAUAUCUUCGUUAUAUCGCCGUAACGAGUGACUACAUUUUUGUCAGAUUCUUGCUUAAAACCAUGGUUACUUCUAUGUUUUGAAUUUUUAUUUUUUUACGGAAGUUCCUUCAUCACAAUCACGAUAACGAAAGGAAUAAAAGUUGUUUAUUCGUUGAAAAUACAGAAGUUC